AUUUUAAUCAAAAUGGCAACUCGUUCAUUAGUUCCAUCUUUUAUUAUGAAAACUUUUGAAAUGCUAGAAGUAUAUAAUUUCUAAAAAGUAGGAUUAAUCCAUUUCUCAUAUAGUUUCUUGGACUGAAGAAGGAUUAAGUUUUGUUGUUAAAAGCCAAAAGCUUUUAUAAUAAUAAGUUCUGCCAUAAUAUUUCAAACAUAGAAAUUAUUCUAGUUUUCUGAGGUAAUCAUAAAAAUGAGAUGUUAGACAAUUGAAUUUAUAUAAUUUUAAAAAGAGUAAACAUUAGGAAGGUUAGGAGUUUAAACAUAAAUGUUUUCGUAAGGGAGUAAAGUAACAUAUUGAAGCAAUUUAAAAUAGAUAGAUGUUAUAGUUCAUAAAACGAAGAAAUAACGAUGAUGGAAAUUAAGAAUCUCUCAAUCCUAAUCAACCAUGUAUUUUAUCUGUAUUAUUAUUUUGAUUAGCUGCUAAAUUAAAAGAAGAGUAGAAUAUUUUAAGAGUUUGUGCAUCUGAUAUUAAAGAUACAAAUACAAGAUUAGAUGAAGACAUGUAAAUAUUAAAACAAAAGAGUGGUGUGCUUUUAGAAGAAAUGUGGAAUUUGAAAAAGGUUUAAUCUUUUAAUAUUAAUAGCUGUUGCAUAGCCAAUUCGAUUAAGUUAAUCAUAAAUUAGAAAGAAUAGACAUCAUUAUUGGUGCGAUGUCUUAACAUAAAAAAUUCAAAAGUAAUUCAUUUUGAUUAAAAAAAGACAUCUCUUAAUAUUUUACAACUAAAUUCUUACAAAAUGAACUUCAUACUUUAGAAACUAAUUUAAAUUAGCCCCUUUUUGAGUCACCAAAAUAAGAAGUUGAUGAUUAGGAAUAAAUUAAGGCUUUAUUCGAAGAAUUAUAAAAUCUUAGCAAACCUAUUCAUUUUGAUUGA